AUGGGAAGAUCUAAUUCAGACUUAGAUGGACAGAAUGGCCAAUAAAAAGUACUAGUAAUAGAGAAAAAAUUCUGCAAAAUCUAUGAGAAGAAUUAUACAGUUGAAGAUGAAAGGAGAGGUCUAUAGAAUCCAAUUAGUGGGCUGCUAGGAGUUCUCAAUAUUCAAGGAUAGAACUUUAUUGUUGUAAUAACUGAGAAGCAGAUGAUUGGAAAGAUAGAUGGUGCUAACAUCUUCACUAUUAAAAAUGUUGAUUUAAUUCCAUUUGGAGAUGAUCACUCUGUAAACCAGAUUAGAAACUUCAUUGAUGGAGUUAAGAAACUAUUGACUCUAGGAUUUUACUUCUCAUAUAACACUGAUAUUACUUCCAAUAGACAGAGAUCAGCUAAUUUACGAAACAAAGGCAUGAUGGGAGGGGACUCUUAAAGUAUAUGGGAAUAAUGUGAUAAGCGGUAUUUUUGGAACUUUAAUAUUUGCCAGGAUUUUCUGUAUUAAAAAGUGGAUCCUAGAUGGAUAGUGCCUAUUAUUUAGGGUUAUGUAGAGUAUUCAUCACAGAUAUUUGAUGGAAAAGAACUUGAAAUCUUACUAAUAUCAAGGAGAAGAUUUGCAAUGUCUGGCACAAGGUACAAUGCUAGAGGUUUAGAUGAUGAUGGAAAUGUAGCUAAUUACGUUGAGACAGAGUAGAUUAUGAGUUAUAGGAACUUUAUCUAUUCUUUCGUUCAAAUAAGAGGAAGUGUUCCACUAUUUUGGCAAUAAAAAGGUAUCCAAGCACAUACUUCUAUAAAAAGAGAUGAGACACUUACAUCUUAGGCUUUUGAUAAGCAUCUUAAUGAUAUGGUGAAUGAUUAUAGAUUGGUAAUUUUCAUUAAUUUGCUUUAAAAAGGUAGAAGCAAUGAGUAUAUGCUUACUGAGGCUUUAGAAAAACUCUUCAAGAUUUGUUAGCCUAAAUGCGUUAAAUAUACAUAUUUUGAUUUUCAUACUGAAACAAAGGGUGACAACUUCCACAAGUUAAAUGACUUGAUGAUAAAAAUCGAGGAUAUGCUUAUUAAGAAAUUCUUAUACUUUGUUGAAGAUAGAAAUACUGGAAAAAUUGUUCAAGAAUAGAAGGGUAUUAUGAGAACUAAUUGCUUGGACUGUCUUGAUAGAACUAACGUUACACAGACUAAAGUAGCAUUAAAGAUAAUUGAAACUAUCCUUGAUAAGGUAAAAGGAAUGAACAGAAAAACUCAGAGACAAGAUGAUAAUCUUGGAUUUGGUCUUGACUCUAAUAAUGAUGCUUUCGUAUUUGAUAUCCUCAAGAAUAUGUGGGCUGAGAAUGGAGAUAUGAUUAGCAAACAAUAUGCAGGCACUAGUUCAACAAUUACCUCAGUCACUAAAACUGGAAAGUAAGGCAUAAUGGGAAAGAUUGACUAGAUGAGAAGAGGUGUUGAGAGAUUUUUAGUUAACAAUAUUGAAGAUGGUCAUAAGCAUGAAUGUAUAAAGUUAUUGAUAAAUCAGCAUCCUUAAUAACAGCAAUAUGGUGUUAGAGCGUAGCUGGAGAAAUAACUUGAGAAGUAUCAAAAUCAUUUCAUGUCUUGGUAGGAUAUUACAAUAAAUAUUAUCACAUGGAACUGUGCAGGCAAUACUCCGCCAGUUACUUUUGACAUUGGAAAUAUUUUAUAUCAGGAAGACAAUUAGGAAAGACCAGAUGUCUAUAUUGUUGGUCUUUAAGAAAUGGUCAAGCUAAGCGCCAAGUCUGUCAUUUAAGGCAAGGAUAGAGAGAAGGUAAUGCUAUGGGAGAAAAUAAUCACUAACUCUUUAUGUAAAAGACACAGAUAUGUUUGUGUUUCAAAGAAACCUAUGGUUGGCUGCUUUAUUCUUCUCUAUAUCAAAGACGAGCACAAAAAUAGAAUAAAUUCUAUCAGAACAUCAAAAGUAAAGACAGGAUUUGGAGGAUAAAGUGGAAAUAAAGGUUCGGUUGCUAUUAGAUUUAAUUUUGACAAUAGUAGUUUUGCCUUCAUUAAUUGCCAUUUGACUAGCGGAUAAAAGCAAGUAAGUGAAAGACUGGAGGACAUUAGAGAAAUAUACAAAAAGUCUUUUGAUUGUUCCCAAAAAUUCUAAGACUUCAUGAUUUAAUCACAUGAUUAUAAGUUUAUUUUUGGAGAUCUAAACUUUAGAAUAUCCUUACCCUAUGAAACAGUUAAAGAUGAAAUUAGAAAGAGGAACUAUCCUUAUUUACAAUCAAAAGAUUAACUACUCUCAGUUAAAUCUCAAAAUUCAAUACUUAAUAGAUUUAGCGAAGGUAUACUUGACUUUGAUCCCACUUAUAAGUAUGAUGAUCAUUCUAAUACUUAUGAUACUUCUCAAAAGUUGAGAACUCCUGCUUGGUGUGAUAGAAUUCUUUAUGAGAAGAGUUAAAAAUGCGGAGGAAAUAUUGAGUUGCAAAGAUAUGGUCGACGGGAAUCUUAUUUUUCAGAUCAUAGGCCUGUAUUCGGCGUAUUCAAUGUCGCAGUAUGUAAAAUUGAUUAUGACAAGAAAUAAGAGAUUGAGUAUAAAUUACUGGAUUUACUAUUUCCUGGUACCCUCAACUUAGCAAGAGCUAGACAGUAAUUAGCCUUAACUAUCGAAAGAAAAUUCGAUGACUGGGACAGGGGCUAUUGA